AUGUCGUAUUUUGAUAAUUCUUCUAGUAAAUUUGUCUGUAAUCUCGAAAGAUCUUAUGUUAAUAAUAACGAUACCAAUGAAUGUGACGGAGGUGAAGAUGAGCCUUGGACUUUUGAAAAUUUUGAGAGAAAUUUAAACGUGACCAUUGUUAAGAAUGAAGAAAAUCAAAUGGAAAUUGAAUUUGAACCCAUCGAUGCUCCCAUUGUUAAUGCCCUUCGAAGGAUCAUAAUGUCAGAAGUUCCAACUAUGGCUAUUGAGAAGGUUUUCAUUGCCGACAAUACAACCAUCUUUCAAGAUGAUUUUCUCGCCCAUCGAUUAGGCCUCAUUCCAAUUAAAGCUGAUCCUCGUUUCUUUGAAUAUCGUGAUGAAGCUGAUCAAGAAGGUACACCUCAAGAUACCAUUGAACUUACUCUUAAAAUUAAGUGUAUUAAAAAUCCGGACGCUUCAAAGGAAACCGGAGUCACCGAUUUAUAUCUCAAUAGGAGUGUCACUUCCGAAUCUAUUAAAUGGCAACCGUUGGGAAAUCAAGCAAACCUUAUAAAGGAACCAAUUAAACCAGUGAAUGAUGAUAUUCUGAUCGCCAAAAUGUCACCUGGACAAGCAUUAGAUUUAAAGUUACAUUGCGUGAAAGGAAUUGGUCGUGAUCAUGCUAAAUUUUCCCCUGUCGCUACGGUCUAUUAUCGACUUCUACCGACAAUCCAAUUGACUCGACCUAUUUUCGGAGAAGAUGCUAAAUUAUUGAAAUCUUGUUUCUCCAAAGGAGUAAUUGAAGUCGAAUCAGAUGAUGUGGGUAAUGAAAUUGCCGUAGUUUCCAAUGCUAGAAAUGAUUCGUUAAGUCGUAAUUUCUAUCGAUACAAACAGUUUGAAAACGCGGUAAAAAUGGGCUUGAAAAAAGAUCACUUCAUUUUCUACAUCGAAUCAACUGGAAUCUUAUCAACAGAAACAAUUUUUAAUGAAUCUAUCGAAAUAUUGAUUAGUAAAUGUAGAAAUUUACUGAGAGAAGUUCAAGAAAUCAAAGAAACUUUGUCACAAUAA